CUCUUGACAUUCAAGUUUAAUUACUAAUUUUCCUUCUCUUACUUUUCAAUCAACUCUUCUACUUUGUGAAAACAAUGGCUCGUACUAAGCAAACUGCUCGUAAAUCAACCGGAGGUAAAGCUCCACGAAAACAAUUGGCUACAAAGGCUGCCCGUAAAUCAGCCCCUGCCACCGGUGGUGUUAAGAAGCCCCACAGAUAUCGACCUGGAACAGUUGCUCUUCGAGAGAUCCGUCGUUACCAAAAGUCAACUGAGCUUUUGAUCCGAAAGUUACCUUUCCAACGAUUGGUUCGUGAAAUUGCUCAAGAUUUCAAGACUGAUCUUCGUUUCCAAUCAUCAGCAGUUAUGGCUCUUCAAGAAGCUUCUGAAGCUUAUUUGGUUGGUCUGUUUGAAGACACUAAUCUUUGCGCUAUUCACGCCAAGAGAGUCACUAUUAUGCCAAAGGACAUCCAAUUGGCCAGGCGAAUCCGAGGAGAACGAGCUUAAGUGUCUUAUUUUUCUCUUUUUCAUGGAUCUCUCCCUCAUCAUCAAUGUCCCAUUCCCCAUGUCCCUUCUUCAUCAUCAUCUUGAAUCAUUCCUCAUAAUCCCACCACCACCAUCAUCAUCAUCAUAAU